UGCACUACGCAUGCCCCUGUCGAUCCGGAAGUGCUUCUCCUUGGGCGGCUGACACGUAGCGUCUGAACGAGCGGAGGGGUGAGGGGUCUUCGCGGGAGAGGGGUUGCGGUCGCCGGACGUGCGCGUAGCGAAGGGGGUCUGGUGCCCGGGCCUGAAGACAGAUUGCAAUGUCUGGGUUCGACAACUUCAAUACAGAUUUCUAUCAAACAAGUUACAGCAUUGAUGAUCAAGCACAGUCCUAUGGAGGAGACUAUGCAGGAGGAACAUACAACAAACAGUAUGCUGGCUAUGACUAUUCUCAGCAAGGUGAAUACGUCCCUCCAGAGAUGAUGCAGCCACAACAGCCUUACACUGGCCAGAUUUUUCAGCCAACGCAAACAUACACUCCAUCCUCCCCACAGUCUUUCUAUGGAAGCAAUUUUGAAGAUGAGCCACCCUUACUAGAAGAACUAGGAAUCAAUUUUGACCACAUCUGGCAGAAGACUCUUACAGUAUUGCACCCAUUAAAAGCAGCAGAUGGCAGCAUAAUGAAUGAAACUGAUAUGGCAGGGCCUAUGGUCUUCUGCCUAGCCUUUGGUGCCACAUUAUUGCUGGCUGGCAAAAUUCAGUUUGGCUAUGUGUAUGGGAUUAGUGCAAUCGGAUGCUUAGGAAUGUUCUGUCUCCUGAACUUAAUGAGCAUGACGGGCGUUUCGUUUGGCUGUGUUGCCAGUGUGCUAGGAUACUGUCUCCUUCCUAUGAUCAUACUUUCCAGCUUUGCAAUUGUAUUUUCUCUACAGGGUAUGAUGGGAGUUAUUCUUGCUGCUGGAAUUAUUGGAUGGUGUAGCUUUUCAGCUUCCAAAAUCUUCAUUUCAGCCUUGGCAAUGGAAGGACAACAACUUUUAGUAGCAUAUCCCUGUGCUUUAUUAUAUGGAGUCUUUGCCCUCAUUUCUGUGUUUUGAGCUGACUUAUCCUUAUUGUUGGACUUAAAUGGGCCAAACUGAAAAGCCUUCACUUUUGAGACACUUAAAACUGGGACCAGAAAACAGCUCUUAGUCACUAUCAUGCAAGGUUAAUGCUUGAAUUGUCGUCUGGAGCAACAAAAACAAACAAGCCUUUUGUGUUCCUUUUUAUAGGACUCUUGAAUACGAUUUUGAACUGUCCUGUAAUGUCUAUACCUUUAAUACAGGUUCAUGAUUAUACUGUUUAAAAUGUAACAUUUCUUUCCCAGUCCAACAGCCUCUGGCAAAAUAUUAUUAUUUUGAAAACUUUUGUAGUUCAGAAGUUUUUGUAGAUAAGAGGAAAUGAAACAGUUGCUUUCCCAUGGCAGCAUGCAACUACAAUCCUAAACAAAAGAUAUACAUUCCCUUUUUUUCUACCAGUUUAGCAAACUAGAAAACUAUCUCAAUAAAACCUAAUCGUGAAGCAAA